AUGGCUGGAUCUAACAAGGAAUCUAUUGGAAAAAUUAAAAAUUGUAAAGCAAAAUCAUUACACAUUUGUAAUCUCUUCAAUCACGGACAUGGAGUUCUGGCAGGAAACAAGAUGGAUCUGGAUCAAAGGAAGUGCGUCAGUGAAGUGAUGGCGGUCCAGAUGGCAACCACCAACAACAUGCACCACAUUCCCUGCUCAGCAAAAGAUAUGCAAAAUAUAGUGGAGAUAUUCAACCACCUGGCAACUGAGUACUUCAAUAAGAACAUCAACAACAGCAAUCACAAAUCACACCAGAACAAAAAAAACCAAAACUACAACAACCACACUGAUGAUGAUGGUGAUGACUAUUAA